CCCCGCCCCCUCCCUUCCCUUCCAGCUCCUCAGCCUGCUCUCACUCGGGCGGCUUGGAUGAGAAGGAGAGGGAGGAGUUAAGUAAAAAGUGGGGCGGGGAUUCAUUUGCGGCGAACCAAUCCCAGACCGGAAGCUUCGAGCGGCAGCCAAUCCGCUGCGGGGAGAGGCGGACCUGUGGCUGCAUUCUCACACUUGGUUUCACUAUGCGCUCGUAAAAAAAAAAAAAAAAGAAAAAAAACGGGCUCCGUCUACUACAAGCGCGGCGGCUGCAGGUGCUCUCUGUCUCUUCGGGAGAGAGGAGGAUGCGGACGGACGGAAGGACGGGGGAGGGAGAGCAAAAACAUAAAAGGGGGGGAGAGAUGGUGAAGGGAAACGCCGCGAGGAGUGAGAGGCAGAUAUGAGAGACGGGGGGCUGUGAGAGAGGAGUCCGUGAGGCGCAGCGGGAAGGUCGAAGGAUGAGAGAUUGGUCGAACGGGGCACUUUGCGUGGUGAAAAGCUGGUCGGCAAUAGUACUAUGAUUUGGUAUGUGGCCACUCUGAUAGCAAGUGUAUUCAGCACCAGAGGAACGGCCGCUCAAGGUGCCCACGGCGUGAGAGAGGAGCCCCGGUUUGUGACGGCGCGCGCCGGAGAGAGCGUGAUCCUGGGGUGUGACGUCUCCCCUCCCCUGGACGGCCAGCAGCCCCCAUAUGUGGUGGAGUGGUUUAAGUUUGGAGUGCCUAUCCCCUUCUUCAUCAACUUCCGCUUCUACCCUCCUCAUGUGGACCCAGAGUACACUGGUAGAGCCUCUCUGCACGGGAAGGCCUCCCUGCAGAUUGACCCGGUACGCUCUGAGGACCAGGGCUGGUACGAGUGCAGGGUCCUGAUGCUGGAGCAACAGUACGACACCUUCCACAACGGCAGCUGGGUGCACCUCACAGUCAACGCCCCACCUUCAUUUACAUCAACGCCACCGCAGUAUGUGGAGGCAAAGGAAGGGGGAAGCACUCUGCUCAGCUGCUCUGCCCAGGGAAAUCCAAAACCAAUGAUCAGCUGGCUGAGAGAGGGGGAGGAGCUCGCAACCAACGCAAAAUAUUCAGUACACGACGGCAGUCUGACCAUCCUCGGCAUCACCAGAGAUGACAGAGGAGCGUACACCUGCAGAGCGUACAGCGACCAGGGAGAAGUGCUUCACACAACCCGUCUGCUGGUUCAAGGGCCUCCAUACAUCGUGUCACCACCUGAAAACGUGACGGUAAACAUAUCUCAGAAUGCACUCUUCACCUGCCAAGCAGAGGCGUAUCCUGGGAACCUGACCUACACCUGGUUCUGGGAGGAGGACAACGUCUACUUCAAGAAAUCCUGCCCGAGUGAUCAACAUGCCUCCUGUCAUCUAUGUCCCACGGAAACUGCCAGGCAUCAUCCGCUGCCCUGUGGACGCCAACCCACCGGUGACCUCUGUGAAGUGGGAGAAAGAUGGCUACCCGCUCAGGGUGGAGAAGUAUCCUGGUUGGAGCCUGAUGCCAGAUGGAAGUAUCCGGGUGGCAGAAGCCACAGAAGACUCCCUGGGCACCUACACCUGUGUGCCUUACAACGCCCUGGGUACCAUGGGCAUGUCCCCCCCUGCCACUUUGGUGCUAAAGGAUCCCCCUUACUUUAAUGUGAGGCCUGGGGGGGAGUACCGUCAGGAGGCUGGAAGAGAGCUAGUCAUCCCCUGUGCUGCUUCUGGAGACCCCGAUAUACCGAGCAUCACCUGGAGAAAGGUGGGGAAGCCAAGCAGAAGCAAGCACAACAUCCUACCCAGCGGCAGCUUACAGUUUGUCUCCCUCAGCAAGGAGGACCACGGAGAGUGGGAGUGUGUAGCCACCAACGUGGUCACAAGCAUCACUGCCAGCACACGUAUCCUCGUCAUCGGCACCAGCCCACACGCUCCUGGCAACAUCCAUGUCUUGCCCUCUACAACCUCUGCUAAUGUGUCCUGGGAACCAGGUUAUGAUGGCGGCUUCGAGCAGACUUUCUCUGUGUGGUACGGUCCAGUGUCUAAGAGAACAGACUUCGGUCCUCACGACUGGCACUCGAUGCCGGUUUCUGGUGCUCAGACCUGGUUGGUGGUGCCCGGGUUGGAGGCUGGGACGGAGUACCAGUUCAGUGUGUUGGCUCAGAACAAGCUGGGCACGGGCCCAUUCAGUGAAGUUGUGACGGUCACCACUGCAGGCUCUCCCCUGGGUACCGCAGAACCACUGGUGCUUCUUACUCCACCACGAUGCCUCACAGCCAAUCGCACGCAACACGGUGUCCUCCUCACCUGGCUCCCUCCGGCCAACCACUCCUCCCCCAUCGACCGAUACAUCAUGGAGUUCCGCCUCGGGGAGAGGUGGGAGGUUCUGGAUGACCUGAUCCCAUCCACCGAAACCGAGCUCAUAGCAAGAGACCUGGUUCAGGAGUCCUGGUACGAGUUUCGAGUGAUGGCGGUCAUGGAUGAUCUGAUCAGUGAGAGCAGCAAUGUAGUGGGCGUGUCCAGCACAGAUCCCUUCCCUGCUGCGGAGUUGCCUGAAGACGGGCUGGCCCGGCCGGUGGUGGCAGGWGUGGUGGCAACUAUCUGUUUUCUGGCAGCGGCAGUACUGUUCAGCACUCUAGCAGCUUGUUUUGUUAAUAAGCAGCACCGUCGAAAACUCAAGCGUAAACCAGAUCCUCCCUUGUCGGUGACACACUUCAGGAAAAGCAUCGAGUCGCCGUUAUCAUCAGGGAAGAUAAGUCCAGAGAGCUCCCCUCCAUCUCGACCCCGCUCUCUUUCAUCAGAGGGUUCCCACGGUCCCGGCCUCUACGUCAGAAAGCUGCCCAGCCCGCUGAAAGAAAAGGAUAAAGAGCUCUCCUUCUACAAGAAAACCAAGCGUGCCAUAGCCAGCAAGAAAUACAGUGUGUCCAAACACGAGGCGGAGGUCACCACGCCUAUCGAGCUGAUAAGCCGAGGCCCCGAUGGCCGCUUUGUCAUGGAGACCAGCCCACCUCCUCGCCGCAUCCAGGGCUUCCCCUUUGCCGAGGAGUCUGACCUGUACCCUGAGUUCCGGCAGUCUGACGAGGAGAACGAUUUUGACCCCGGGCCCCUGCCACCCAUCAUGCCCACGCUGAGGCCUCAGCUCUCACCGACGUCCUCCAGCCUGGAGUCAACGCAGCCCCCCACCUACAGCCCCCGCCUUCACAGGCCCAUGGAAGGUAUGAGCUUUGCAGAGGGCAGUGCACUUCAUGCCUCAGGGCAGGCCCCAGCCUCCCGCUACAGGGGCUUCCCCCAGGGCCCAUUUUACGGAUAUCUAGGCAGYCGUGCUGAAUCAGGGAUCCCACCACCAUUCUACAUGCCUGACAUCAGCCCACGUAGCUCCGCUUUGUCCUCGCCUCCUGGCACCGCAGAGGGGCCCUUUGGUUACCCCUCCAUCCCCGAGGAGAGUGGAGAGAUGGAGCACCAUCAGUACACUGCCUCUGGUCACUCUCUGUCUCACAGCCCUCCUCCUCGCUCACCUGAAAGCUGGCAGCCUCACGAGUUACCUUUUCUGGGUCUAGAGGGCCCACGGUUCAUAUACCCACCUCACCAUCCRUUACAUCACCCCCAGGACCUCCCUGACCCACCCCCUUACCCWCCUCACUCUAUUCCCCCUAGUCGCCUGCACCUUCCUCCCCUAAAGGAUCCGACGAGCCCUGGACUCCUGCAGCUGGAGGUCCCUGUGGCUCCACCAGGCAGAGACAGGCCCCUAGGGCCUCCGGUUAGGCGUUUAGCUAUGCAACAGGCCCAGAGUCUCGGCCAGCUCAGACACACGGCCCACGGUGUGGGUGUACCAGUGUUGCCUUACCCUGACCCGGCAGCCCGUGCAGGGAGCCCAAGCACAGCCCCCAGUAGUAGCCCUCAGUCCUGGCUCAGCCCGAGGGCGGGGCGCCGGGCAGACCCCAGCCUACCCCCGUUAGUCCUUCAGCCCUCCCGCCUUUCUCCACUGUCCCAAAGCCCCCUCAGCACCCAGCCAGGUUCCCCAGAUAUUCUAGUGCGGCCCCCUCCACGCCCCAGCAUCCUCCGCACCUCUCGGUCUCUGGAGAUGCCCGAGAUCGCCCUGCAGCCCUCGGCCACAGUCAGYUUCUCUCGGCGGUCCUCCCUGACCACCUCUCCAACCCAGAGCCAGGGCGCCAAGCAGCCCAGCCCCGGUUACCACAUGUCCUACGCCUCCACCGCAGCCAGUUACCCCUCCCAGUCCCCCUCUCCUCCUCCAGAGGGCAGAGAUGUUUUCGGGCAGAGGCCAUCCCAGAGAAGGACAGAGGAGGAGAUGCUACCCUCAGAGCCCUCUCAGCUCCAGAUCUCAGCCUCAGGGGAACCUCUAGGUGCGUCUAGUGACACUGCCGGGUCUGAGAGCUUACCAGCACUGCUACAUCACUGUAUAACUAAAGCAAAGGGAGCGGCUGCCAACAACAAUAACAACACGACAUCCGCAAAGAGAACAGAUGCGUCUCCCUCUCAGACCCAGCAGCAAUCCCAGACACCYCAAGAGGGAGAAGAGCUCGACCUCCAUCGAAAGAGUAAAAAGCAAAACAAAAAGAACCCUUACCGCUAUUUGACCUCCUUCCUGCAUCGCAGGCAGUCUGAGGAGGACCAGACAGGCAUUCUGGCCAGUGCAGACUCUGAGGGCCCAAAUUAUGGAACUCUACGCUGACCUGCCUGCCCAUCAAGCCAUUGGACUCGACUAAACAGGCCCCUUCCUGAAAAAAAAACAAAAAACAAAAGAACAAAAACAAAGGAAAACACCUCAGCCCUCCCUGCUCCACUAUAGUAACAAAUAUGUUUCUUAUAAUCUCUAAAAGUUUGAUUUAUAUUAAUGGAGCAGGAAACAUCGUGCUGAAUCCUCCGGGGCUGGAAAUCUCAUCUGAAGACAAGAACAAUGGCUUCAAGCUUAUUUUAUUUUAUUUUUUCCUUUUUCCUGGGGGAAAAUUUCACUUGAAAAAUGCUCUGAAAAUAUAUAAUGUACAUAAAUAGUAAAAACAAGGGAAAUAAGCUUCCUCUUACAGUAAUAAAAUGUGUUGGUUGAGUAUGUCACAACACGUUAAAGAUUUUUCACUCACUUAUCAUUGAGGGGUUCAUAUCUUUAGGUUUUUCAGUGAACUGUUAAGCCUGGUGCGUCCUUCUACAGGGACAUGAGUCUACCUUUCCUACAAUACAAAUAGUGUCAGUAUUUAAAAAACACAGGGUUCUUACCACAAAAUAUACCUCAGAGUAAACGCAGAGUUGCUGUAAUUCUUGUGGUAUAYUGUACUUGACCUUUUUACACAUGAAAGGUAUGAAUAAAAAGGUUUAUAAUGCUCACUACUCAUUCAAACGGAUAAUAUGGCCUAAACUUAAUCUUAUUUGGAAGCUUUCGUUUAAUUGAUAAUAGCUGGCUUAUUAGUUUGGUUCGUGAUUCGAUGCCAACCAUUAGAGGAGAGUGUCUUAACGGCAGUGCUUCGACGGCUCAGUGUGGCUCUGCGGCGCAGCAUUAAGACCGCGCUCAUAGCCUUCGUGAGAUCUCCAACGAAUUUUGGACUUUUAUGCUUUUACAGAGGCUGGACUAAAGGGCAGCGUGACAAAAUUGUGAAGUGUCUAUACGUAUGUAUUUCAUUCUUAAAGAAUUAUUUGUAAAAAACGGUGGGGCACAUCUCAAUGUGCCUUUUUUUUGCCUUUGUUGAUUUUUCUGACAUAAACUGCCUUUUUCCUUUGCCUUUUUCAUAUUUGUCACAAUAGAAGAGCAAGAAACUACAAUAUUAUGUGUGCUUUUACUUUCUCUGCCAAGGACACAUGAAAGAACAUGCCACAGAGAAUGCAUUACUCUUGCGUUUAGUUUCUACGUUUUGUUCUUCUUUUUUUUUUUACAUUCCUGUAACUGAUUCAACUGUGUAACAAAAAAAAGUACCCGAAACAAAAGGAAAUGGGUGUUAGAAAAGGCAAGAAGCCAAAAGCACUGUACAUGCAAAAAGAACCCAGUGGUGCAGUGUGGAUGUUGAUGUUGAACAGCAGCCGUAAGGGGAGAAGGCGAUUGCUUCACUGUUAACGAGCAACGGAAAACGCUCAAAGAAACGGCCACCCUGACUGUUUAUCUUUUACAAAUGUAUAUUACUUGCUAGCUACUUCGCUGUAUGUUUAUUAAUUUUAGACACUAACCGAUAUUGAAUGUAUGUUUUGCUGUACAGGAAAUGAAUGUCCCAAUGUCACAGUGCAUUGAAUGACCCAUUAUAAUGCUUGUAGUGCAGCUGUUAUUGGUGAGAUGACCCGUUUGGCACAAGAGGUCUAAAUUCCUGAAUGCAGUCCCGUCACAGGUUCUGAGCCAAAUUCCCUUUGCUUCGAUGGCUACGCUAAAACUAUGUUUUAUUUUGUUUUUCUUUGGCCAGUUCAGUCACUCAGACACAKCCAACAGAUCACAACUUUUUCUUUUUACAAACAAAUCCGAAGUUUGGCGCUAAAUCAAAGGUCUUGCGCUAUCCACACGAAUGACUCUAAAACCUUUUGACCAAUAAGGAAGUGGUGAUUGCUUGAAAGUGAGCAWCAAAGUGCAUAUUCUACUUUAACAAAUUGGUUACAUGUAAGAUAUAGGGGAAAUAAUCUAUAUUUGUUAUGUAAUGUACAUGGUGUGUAUUGUAUUUGCAAAGAUAAAUCAAACCAUGUUUUACAGAAAGACCUUCUUGAGGAUGUAUGAAAAUAAAAACACACAAAAAAAAAAUGGGAAGUAUCCCAAAGUAAAAAGAAAUUAGAUUAUAUAUCAAAGUAUUUGCUUACAGUACGGCUUUAAGUGGAUGUUUUAAAAACAUUUUAAGGUGCCUAAUUUGUCAUACUUUAGCAGAUAUUAUUUUAUCUGAAGAAGAAAAAAAAAAAAGAAAACUCAAUGUUAGUACCGUACAGUGUAUUAUUGCCAUAGCCCGCUGGCUGCACAAGUUGAGUAGUAUUUUCUCUGAUGUAUAGUAUGUGGAUGCCCAUUGGGGAAAGCUUUAGAAGCAGAAAUGUGUUGCCCUCUUAUUAUUAUAUUUCUCAAACAAAAAGUAAUAAUGUAUUUUUACCCGCUCAUGAGCACACAUAUAGAAUCACGUCCGAUCUCUUUGCUUCACGUGUCCAAAGCAAAUAAACAGAAGGAAAACAGUUUUUCCUAAAAGUUAACAGACAUGCUGUAGACAUGUACAAAACGUGCUGUGGAGGAAAUUGUGUUUACAUUAGUUUGAUGAAAUACAGUGUGUUAGGGCAUAGAUGCUUUUGAACAUUAGGACUUGGUGCUAUGUUUAACUUUGUGGUGCUGUAGAAUAGAGGUCAAUUUUUAUUUUUAUUUUCCCCGUUUCCACAAGACUUUGUACUAAUCUUAACAGUGUGACAACCGUGAUAGACCGUACUGGAAAGUAGACAUAUAACCUCAAUUAUUAGAGACUUGUGACAUUCAAUGAACUCAAAAUGACCUGUUUUUUAUAGUGUGUUUGCAAUGUCUGUCUGUGCUUCCAAGGUACCCUCUCUAAAAUGUACUUGUGAUGAUAUCGAAAAUACUAACCCAGCCUAAAAGGAAGAACUAUAGUCUGACUUAGAUUAGUACUCACCACAGGACACAUUGGAGAGAAUCUGAAAGCAUUAUUGGGUCAGGUUUGGUCUUUUCUACACACUUCUUCCUGUAAUCUCUUUGGUUAACGGCACUGUUCUUCAAGCACACUACCGCAGGGACGAAACCGUCUCACGUCGUCACCCCACCACCUUUUUUGAACAACGAAAAGGAAAUCUGAUUAGUACUGUACAGAAUAGCCAUGAGUGGUCCACAUUUGCAUUUAUUUUCCUGUUAGAAAGCACUGGGAAGGCUCACCCCCUCUCUCUCCCCUCCCCCACACACACACACACACACACACACGGUUUUUACAAAUAGAUGUUGUCUUCCGGGCUUUUUCCUCACAACUUCAACAGAAACAUGUACAGUGUUUAAGAGGGCUGCUUUGGAACGUACUGUUAGCUACAUUUUUUUAGUUCUGUUUCUUUGGGUUUUUAUUCGAUUCUUUUCGCUUACAGCUUUUAGUGCAUCACUAGUUGCUGGUUGGAUGAUUAUUAGAACAGAUUUGAUUUCAUAUUGUAUUAUUCUUGCAUGUAGAGACAAUACAAAAACGCCUAUUUAGCAGUCAUUCAUGACCAUCUGAGCUGGUUGUUAUUGGACAGAAGCUAGAAGUAUGUAGUAAUUUCAAUAUUCUCUUUUUUUAUUUAUUUAUUUUUCUUCAUGUGUACCAGCACUGAGAAACUAGAAUGUAUAAUUACCGUAGGCUACAAUAAGCACUACAUCGUUGACUGUUUUAGCUAAUGCUCAUACUCAAGCAAACAGUGCUGAAAGGAAGAAAAUUUCUCACUUUCCAUUUCACAUUCAUCCACUGAACUCUGUGCUGUACAUCUCAUGUUUACAUUCUGUACUGUACAUGUCUUUUUUUCAUACUUUGUCCUCAUGAUGUUCAUAUGUAAAUACUUCAAAAUCCUUUUUUUCCCACUUUUUUAAAACGAUAACCUGAUUUUUUAAAAUUUUUCCUCAACUUUUGAUUUUAUUUUUUUGUAAAUUUGUCAUUCUGUUCUGUCACUGCAUCAGGUAUUUAUGCUUCACUUAACUUUUUGUAAGCAAUUAACUCAUACUGUAUGGUGCUGUACCAAAGCCUUAUGUAGAAUAUUUGUAUUACUUUUCUCUUGUUUGCCACUGCUGUCCAGUGAACUCUGUAUUGUCUGAGAUCAUGUCUUAAUCACUCAUCAUGCUCAACUGCCAUGGAUCUCAUUUCUUUCUYUUCUUUUUUUUUCUUUUCUUUUUUAAUUUCUUUUUUGAGGAAGCAGAAACCCGAAUGAACUAUGGUGCAAAAACACACUCGGGCCUGUUACCCAAACUGGCCUGGAUGUACAGCAGCAGUCGCCAUCACCAAGCCUUUAUAAGGAAAAUGCACAGGCUCACUCCUGGUGGCUCAUCAUGACGUAGACAUGGGCCUAGCACAUGAUCUAUGCUCUAUCUAUGGUAUGUCUGUGAGAAAAUGAAAGCAGUGUUGUACUCAUGUCACCAUAUCAUUUCAAAAGCUUAGUCCUAUACAAAAUUUUCCUCACAAAUUUUUGUAUUUUGAUAUAAUAAAAAAAAAAUCAAAAGAG